CGGAAGCCCUCCGCUCGUGCGGAUCUAAUCUUAUCUCCAGCUUUUAAGCUCGGUUUCAUCGGGUCGGAGCGAUGGCACGAGGGCUCACAUGGGUGCGGCAACAGGGCCGCAACCCUCACCUUUUCGUCUCUACCAUCCAAGUGCGCAGAAACCUCAAAAAUUCGUAAAAUAUUGCCAAAACCCGCCUCUUUCCCCGCAACCUAUGAUUCCUAACUUUCGGCUCAUCAAAAGCACAGAAAAUUAGUUCUUCCUUUUCUUAAGUCAAUGUACCAUUAUGGACCGUCGCCCUGAAAAUGAGAAUCAAAAAGAAGCUGCGCCUUCUCGCAGUACUGGCAAAGAACCAGAGCCUUCCGUAGCCUCCAGGAUUGCCGCCUCAGCAUCCGGGCUCGCAAAAGACCUCGUCGGCGGCUCAGGCGCUAACGAUGCAUCGGCUACCCUUGCUUCAGGUUCCGGUCUGGCUAGCAAAAGUCAGGGAGCCUCAAGUGCAGCUGGUCCAUCCACUUGGUCCGAGACGUUACCAGCACGACAGUCCGGGUCUUCGUCAAGUAACCUUCAAAAUGGCGGGCUUACCCAGCCUCGGGAGGGCUUCCGAGAAAACCUAAAUUAUUCUCAGCAGGCUUCAGGGUCCGACCUUGACGCCUUCAUCAGCGGUGAAGGAACGGACACUUCUUAUCAAUUUAACCUCGGUCAAGGUGCGAGUAAUUUAACCAAUGGCAAUAUCAACAGCGGAGUGCCAUCAUGGUCACAGGAAUUCCAGCAACCUGCUCAUUCUGUAUCGACGAACGGGUCUCUGGAUCGUUAUCCCCUUACGAGCAGGCUUCCGCUAGAACAGUUGGAAAAUGCAAUGGCUGAAACCGGAUUAUCGAGAGAGCAACUGGAGGAUACGAUGUUCCGAAGGCAGCAGGAGAAGAUUGCGACUGGAGGCAUGAACGGUUCUUGGGGUCAUGCCAGCAAUACAAACUAUGAUGACGGUGCCGACGUUAGGAAUCUUCUUUCCAGUCCUGACUUUUCGGCAGAGGACCACCCGUCAGAAAUCACCAUGGAGGAUCCAACUCCUAACACUGUCAACGAUCUUUUUGGACAAAAUUUUACGCCAGAAGAGAAGGAGGCCGUGGACAAGAUUAAAUCGUCGCUCCCGCCGCCACCUGUACAUGGACAAGUGUCUACCGAGAACCCUUUUAAUCUUCGCCCUGGGUUUUCAUUUACUACCAAUCCGCAGCUGGAGAAGGAAAUAGCUGAACUCGCAACGACUCUCGGAGCAGACCAGUUUAUGGUGAACGAUCCUCUACGGCGUCAACAUCUACUUGCUGAAUGGAACGACGUCCUCAACGGUUACACCGACGAAGUGUGGGGCGACAUCCUCCCCGCAGUGAAGGCUGCCAGAACUCAGUUGGAAGAUGUGAAAGCGGGAGCAGGGCGGCUUGAUAGCAAGGCUGUCGCGCGGUUGAGAAUGAUUCUCGGCCAUGUGGUCGAAAGCACAACAGGCAAAAAGCUGCAGCCGAGCAGCACUCCAUGAGCAUGCAGAUGGAAGAUCUGCACCAAUUGCAUCAGCCUACCCGCAUUUACAGCCAUGAGCAGAUGGCCCGGCACGCAUUGCAUCAGCCCGCGAGGACGCACGUACAUGAAGAGCAGAAGAAGCAACCACCAGCACCCGAAGAAGAAAGGAAAUUCGAGCCACCUCCCUUUCACUGUCCGUGGGUCAGCUGUCAUGAGCGCUUUCGUAGUGAGACCGAGCUAUGGAUGCAUUCUAGCC